AUGGAAAAUCAGCGAUUCGACGAGACUUGGGGUAUGUGGACUGCCACCACCAUGCCCUUGACUGAAGAUCAGAUCAAUAUCAUCAAGGCCACCGUACCUGUGGUUCAGGAGCAUGGCACCACCAUCACCACUGUGUUCUACAAGAACAUGCUCACUGAAAACCCUGAUUUGAAUGACUACUUCAACACUACCAAUCAGCUCAAUGGCCAUCAGCAAAGAGCCUUGGCUGGUUCUCUUUAUGCCUAUGCCGCCAACAUCGACAACCUCGGUGCGCUGGGUCCCGCUGUGGAGAACAUUACCAACAAACAUGCUUCCUUGUACAUCAAGCCGGAGCAGUACAAGAUUGUUGGGACGUAUCUGCUUGCAGCUAUGGGCCAAGUUCUAGGCGAUGCUCUAACUCCCGAGAUUCACGAUGCAUGGGCUGCCGCAUACUGGCAACUGGCUGAUUUGUUCAUUGCCAAGGAAGAGGAAUUAUACAAACAGGCCGAGAGCUGGAGAGACUGGCGAGAGUUCAAGAUCGAGAAGAAAGUGCCCGAAUCCGAUGUUAUCACUUCCUUUUACUUGAAGCCUAUCGAUGGCCAGCCUCUUCCCAGUUUCCGUCCUGGACAAUAUAUCUCUGUGCGGACGCAUGUUCCAGACUUGAAGUACAUCCAGGCCAGACAAUACUCGCUGAGUGACAAGCAUUCUCCAGAAUACUACCGCAUCAGUGUCAAGAAGGAGUCCGGUCUCGACCCCAAACACCCAGAAGCCAAAUACAACCCAGGCUACAUUUCCAACAUCCUGCACGACUUCAAGAACGAAGGCGAUGUUAUCCAGGUGUCUGCCCCACGCGGUGACUUCUUCCUUGUCGACGCAGAAUCUUCUUCGCCCAUCGUCAUGAUCGCCGCUGGUGUCGGUCUUACUCCCUUGACAUCAAUGUUGAACACAGUGGCCUCUGGCUCCACGGCCGACAAGCGCAAAGUUCAUUUCGUCCACAGUGCACGACAGGCCAAGUCACGCGCUUUCAAGAACCAUGUCUUGUCGCUGUCGAGGCAACAUCCAUCAUUGGAAGUCACGUUUUUCAACACCUCCCCGUCUGCUGAGGAGAAGCAAGGAGAGGACUAUCACGUCAAGGGACCUAUUGACAUCAACUCGCUUGCCAAGGAUGGUAAAUUGUACCUCGAUGAUGCAACGACGCAGUACUAUAUCUGCGGACCAGCUGGUUUUAUGGUGUCGACAGCUAAAGCAUUAGCUGAACAAGGUGUUUCGGCUGAUAGAGUGCAUAUGGAGUUGUUCGGCACUGGUGGUGUCCCUUCUCCAUGA